AUGUCGAUAUCCAAGCCUACCAUUACUACUGCUACAACAAUUGCAAUAGAGAGCGCAUCUACUACUGCUUUUGUAGGAGCGACUGGAAUAAAAGAAGAGCUUCAACAAAGCCAAGCACCGACCCUAUUGGAUCAGCAUUACAGUGAAGAUGAAGAUACAGCAACCGACACAGGUAGAACGUUCAGCACUUUAGCAGAGCCUGCAGCUCCAUUGCUCCAUACUACCUUCCAACAUCAUCAAGACGAAGAAGAGGAAGAAGAAGAGGAAACACCUUUCAUGUAUUUCAAAAAUAUCAUGAAGGAUGCACAGAAUAGUAACAGAGUAUCUCGGUAUCAAAAUACUUAUUUCAUGGAUGGAGGCCAUCGAUUUAUUUCUUUGCCAACAUUGGGCAGCUCUUCUAAAGCAGCAUCACACAUUUCGCGAAUUUUUGAGGAUUGGUUACAAGCCAAACUAUACCACCAAAACACAAUUCUUUAUGACGGUAUUUUGGAUGAUCGCUUACCCAUCCUGGAAGACUCUGUCGAGCUCAUAGCCGAAGACAUCAUCAACAAAUUAAAAUCACGCAGCUCUAUACGUGGACUGGCAGGGCUUUCACGUAUAUAUAUGAAGAUAAGAACAGGUCAUGUGUACACAUAUCACCAGUCCGAUGACGGACAACCACUCAUCACGGCGGAUAUGGAAGAUUUCUUUCAGCAAUUUCCCUUAUUUGUAGAGAUCAUCAUUGAUAUCAUGCCUCGAGACUACUCUUCUCAACGUUUUACAGGCUGUGAUGAUGUAGAAGUCUUAUUGUCAUUGGAGAACAUUACGAUUAAUCCCUCUGAACCGUAUUAUAUAAAAGAGAGUAUUCCUUUGAUUGUUUGA